AUUUUAUCUUACUAUGCAUAAGACCGAGGACUUGCGUGCUUUUACAUGAGUAAACGAGUAGUAGUAGUACUACGGUGCUAUGUUUUCGCAUAUAUAAGUAAAACUUUUUUACUUUCGCUCAAUUCGGGCUUUGCUUAAGUAGGUGCGACUGAUUCCAAGUACUUGCUAAGUGUAUUUCGACGAGUCAAGAAGUGCUUAGACAUUUUUUAGUAAUUAUAAAAUUGUUACUGAAGCUAUGGAAGAUAUUAUGAAUUGCACCAAAAAACAGAAACCGCGCGCGCUGUGCAUGCGGAAUCAUGGAAAUAGGGAACUGGAUGUGUACGACACCUUACAGUUAAAAGCUGACCAAAAGGCUGGAUCAUGCUCGAACCAAGUAUGCCUGGGUAGUGUUAUGGGUCAGCAAGGCAAAAACGAACCGCUGAGGAUUCCGAAAGAGAUUUUGCGGCAAGCUAAAGAGUUUUUGGACCAAUAUUUUACAUCAAUAAGAAGGGCACAGAGCCCGGCUCAUUUAUCACGAUGGGAGCAAGUUCAGAAGGAAGUGGCAGCAACAGGCACUUAUCAGCUGACGGAAACCGAGCUCAUUUACGGCGCCAAAUUAGCAUGGAGAAAUUCAGCCCGAUGCAUUGGUCGAAUUCAGUGGUCCAAGUUGCAGGUUUUUGAUUGCCGAUAUGUUACAACCACAAGCGGCAUGUUUGAGGCAUUGUGCAACCACAUAAAGUACAGUACAAAUAAAGGCAAUAUUCGAUCAGCAAUAACUAUUUUUCCUCAACGAACCGACGGCAAACACGACUAUCGAGUAUGGAAUGCACAAUUGAUCAGUUAUGCUGGAUACCGCCAAUCUGAUGGAUCUAUCAUAGGAGAUCCGCUAAAUGCGGAAUUUACUGAAGUCUGCCAGAAACUGGGCUGGAAAGGUAAAGGAUCCAGAUGGGAUAUUUUGCCGCUAGUAGUGUCUGCGAAUGGWCACGAUCCGGAUUAUUUCGAUAUACCGAAGGAAUACGUUCUAGAAGUGUCACUUACGCAUCCGCACUUGAAUUGGUUUGAAAACUUGGGUCUUCGUUGGUUUGCUUUACCUGCUGUGUCCAGUAUGAUGUUUGACUGUGGUGGACUUCAGUUUACUGCAGCUCCUUUCAAUGGAUGGUACAUGAGUACGGAGAUCGGGUGUCGAAAUCUCUGUGAUACACAUCGCUUAAAUAUGCUAGAGACCAUAGCUUUAAACAUGGGUCUGGACGUGCGAACUCCCGUAACACUGUGGAAAGAUAAGGCGAUGAUAGAAUGCAACUUGGCUGUUCUGCAUAGCUUCCAGGAAAAGGGCGUCACCAUAGUAGACCACCACACUGCUUCAGAAUCAUUCAUGAAGCACUUGGAGAAUGAAGUGAGACUUAGAAAUGGAUGCCCAGCGGACUGGGUAUGGAUUGUACCACCGCUCUCUGGUUCUGCAACUCCAGUCUUUCAUCAGGAAAUGGCUUUGUAUUAUCUGAAACCUGCUUAUGAAUACCAAGACCCAGCUUGGAAGUGCCACAUCUGGAAAAAAGGACGUGAUUCCGGAAAGAGCAAAAAACCCAGAAGGAAAUUCCAUUUCAAGCAAAUUGCCAGGGCAGUUAAAUUCACUUCAAAACUCUUCGGUAGAGCACUUUCAAGGAGAAUCAAAGCCACUGUCCUCUAUGCUACAGAAACUGGAAAAUCUGAAGGCUAUGCCAAAAAAUUGGGUGAAAUUCUGGGUCAUGCUUUCAAUGCUCAAGUAUAUUGUAUGGCUGAUUACGAUAUAUCCAGUAUAGAGCAUGAAGCCUUGAUACUAGUCGUCACUUCAACUUUUGGAAACGGAGAUCCGCCAGAAAAUGGAGAGGAAUUUGCAAACAAUUUGUAUACAUUGAAGAUCAGCGAGAAUGGUGUAAUGAAUGGCGAUCCGGAAAGGCUCAGCAUGGCUACCUCAAAAUCAUUUAUCAAGGCUAAUAGUCAAAGUGAGCUUGGUUCGGUCACUCGACGACUCAAUCGACUAGAUUCCCUUCGAGGUGGUUCCUCAUCUGUUAGCGAACCACUACUGGAAGACACUUUCGGACCUCUCAGUAACGUGAGGUUUGCCGUUUUUGCGUUGGGGUCCAGUGCUUAUCCGAAUUUUUGCGCUUUUGGAAAAUACGUUGAUAAUCUUCUGGGGGAGCUUGGUGGUGAACGAUUACUGAAAUUGGCCUCGGGAGACGAAAUGUGUGGACAGGAGCAGGCAUUCAUGAAAUGGGCACCACAAGUAUUUAAGCUCGCAUGUGAUGCAUUUUGCUUGGAUGAUGACGAGGCCUUUUUGGAAGCGACCUUUUCAUUGCAGAGUGAGUCUCUGACCCAUCAAAAUGUUCGACUCGUGGAAGCAAAGAACGAUGACACAGCAGAAGCCUUAUCAAAAUGCCAUAAUAAAAAAGUAGUCUCAACACCUCUGUUAAAGCGAAAAAACUUGCUAAACAACCAAUCGCCCAAAGCCACUUUACUUCUUCAACUGAACAAUACCUUGAUUUACAAACCUGGAGAUCACGUGGGAGUAUUUCCAAUGAAUAGAAAGGAACUUGUUGAUGUGAUACUCAGCCGAGUAAAAGGUGUAGCUGAUGUAGAUCAAUCCAUGGAGUUACAGACACUCAAAGAAACACAUACCUCAAACGGAGUGGUAAAAAAUUGGAAACCCCAUGACCGUUUGCCAGCCUGUUCGCUGCGGGAUUUGUUCACACGUUAUUUGGAUAUCACAACACCUCCAUCACCCAACCUCCUUCAGCACUUUGCUAGUAUUGCAUCUGAUGACGAUCAGAAGAAACUAAACUUAUUGGCUUCAGAUUCUUCAGCCUAUGAAGACUGGAGGCACUGGAAUUUCCCCAACCUGGCAGAGGUUCUAGAAGAAUUUCCUUCAGUUAAUCCAUACGCGCCACUUUUGGUCGCUCAAUUGAGUCUACUACAGCCACGAUUUUACUCGAUAUCUUCAAGUCCGUUACUUCAUUCUAAUGAGAUUCAUUUGACUGUGGCCGUCGUUGUAUACAAUACCCAAGGCGGAGAAGGUCCUCCUCACUACGGUGUAUGCUCGAACUAUAUGCAAGAUAUUGAAGUUGGAGAGGACGUGUAUCUAUUUGUGAGAAGCGCUCCCAACUUCUACCUACCAAACGACAUGACCAAACCGAUCAUCCUGGUUGGGCCUGGAACCGGGAUAGCGCCGUUCAGAUCUUUCUGGCAACAAAGAUACGCUCAACUCAGAGCUAAAAACCAGAUAGGCAAAAUCUGGCUAUUCUUCGGCUGUCGAACUAAGGAAAUGGAUCUUUACAGAGAGGAAAAAGAGGAAAUGAGUGACGCUAAUGUUCUAGACAGAGUAUUUCUAGCAUUAUCAAGGGAAAAACACUUGAAGAAAACAUACGUCCAAGAUCUUGCUUUAGAAGAAGCAGCAGAAAUCUACAAGUUGUUGGUUAUUCAGGAGGGUCACUUUUACGUAUGUGGUGACUGCACCAUGGCCGAGCAUGUAUAUCAAACUUUAAAAAAAAUCAUCCAAAAGUAUGGUGGCAUGAAUGAGCAUGAAGUUCAAUCGUUCCUUUUAUCCUUAAGGGAUCAGAAUAGGUAUCAUGAAGACAUAUUUGGAAUAACCCUAAGAACUGCUGAAAUCCACAGCAAAUCAAGAGAAUCUGCCAGAAUACGAAUGGCCUCCGAACCCUAACAGCCCAUGAAUAGAACUUUAACAAGAAUAGCUUCAGUUUAAUAACAUUAAUAACAUAUGUUAGGUAGUUUUUUCUACUUUUAACUUUUUAUCAUCUUGCACUUUUACGAAUAAGCAAGACACCUUUUGUGGUAUUUGAAAUUGCACAGGAAUAAAUAUUUCCAUUUUCUCCAUAGUAGUGUAUAAGAUGUUCUUGUUCCAUUAAAUUGGUGAUAAAUACAUAUAUAUACCAGA